CCUUCUUUCGUGAAAGAAAGCUUUGAAAUGAAAGAAUCUGCAAUGCCAAAGGUGAGCGUGCAGUACAUAUAUAUAUUUAUACUAUUAAUAAUAUAUAAACAAUGUUUGUGUUUCAUCUGGGUAGUACCUCUUCCUUUAAUCCACACCGUCUGAUCAUCAUCACAUCCUUGUGAUACUACUUAAUAGUAGUAUCCAACGGUCAAGAUUAAAAAAAGUGGACGUCAAACACACAACUCAAGGAAUAGUUAUAGUUUUAGAAUUGAAUCAACACCGUACAAUUAAUAGACUAUGAGAUCACUCAUAGUCAACACUCUGUCAGCUUUCCCCAAAAGAAGAAAACAUCAAAGAACUCUUCCCCAACCAAACACUCUUCACUUUUUCCUUCUCUCUCACACUUUGUUUCUCUCUCUUUUCCUGCUUCGACCAUGGCGGUGUUUCUGAAGCUUUUCUCUCUCUACAUCACCUUCUUAUUCUUCUUAUUCUUCAUCUUCACAAGCUCAUCUCACAUUUUCACUCAGUCUUUAUCUCCUUCUUCUAUAGAUGUUGAGCUUCUCUUGAGCAAAAUCAAAGCUUCACUACAAGGCAACACAGAGAACUUGCUGUUGUCUUCAUGGAACACCUCUGUACCACUCUGUCAAUGGCGAGGACUGAAAUGGGUCUUCACAAACGGCUCUCCUCUCGUCUGCAACGACCUCUCUUCCCCGCAAUGGACGAACCUUUCUCUCUCUAAGGACCCAUCUCUCCACCUUCUCUCUCUAGAACUCCCAUCGGCUGGACUCUCCGGAACACUACCCAGAGAACUGGGAGAGCUUUCUAAUCUCCAAAGCCUCUAUCUCGGCGUCAAUACACUCUCUGGAAUCAUCCCUCUCGAGCUGGGUUACAGCUCGUCGCUCACAGACAUCGAUUUGGGGAACAAUUUGCUCAAUGGGUCUCUUCCCACAUCGAUCUGGAACCUCUGCGAUGGUCGACUCGUCUCGCUUCGUGUUCACGGUAACUCUCUAUCUGGGUCUCUCCCUGAACCUGCAUUGCCAAAUGCUACUUGCAAGAAUUUACAAUUUCUUGAUUUUGGGCACAACAUGUUUUCGGGAAAUUUCCCCCAAUUUAUAACUCGGUUCCAUGCUCUUAUUGAGCUUGAUCUUGGGAACAAUAUGUUCUCGGGUUCGAUUCCGGAGAGUGUAACUGAACUAUACUUAGAGAAAUUGAACCUUUCGCACAAUAAUUUUAGUGGGGUGUUGCCAAAUUUUGCUCAAUCCAAGUUUGGGGUGGAGGUUUUUGAAGGAAACAAUCCUGGGCUAUGUGGGGCUCCUUUGAGGAGCUGUAAGGGACGCUCUGGAUUGAGUUCCGGUGCUAUUGCCGGUAUUGUGAUCGGUUUGAUGGCCGGAGCUGUGGUUUCGGCGUCAUUGUUUAUUGGGUAUGUGCAAGGGAAGAAGAGGAAGAACAGGGAUGAAGAAGAUGAUGAAUUGGAGGAAGGAGACGACGACGAAAAUGGCGGUGGCAGCAGAGGUGUUGGCGAGGGGAAGCUGAUUUUGUUUCAGGGCGGCGAGCAUUUGACACUCGAGGAUGUGUUGAAUGCGACGGGGCAGGUUAUGGAGAAGACGAGUUAUGGGACUGUGUAUAAAGCAAAGCUUGCUGAUGGAGGAACUAUUGCCUUGAGGUUGUUGAGAGAAGGCAGUUGUAAGGAUAGGAGUUUGUGCUUGCCAGUGAUAAAGCAGCUCGGCCGCGUUCGGCACGAGAAUUUGAUUCCCUUGAGAGCUUUCUAUCAGGGGAAGAGAGGGGAGAAGCUCCUCAUUUAUGAUUAUCUGCAUAACAGAAGCCUCCAUGAUCUCUUACAUGAAUCAAGGGCAGGGAAAACGGUGCUGAAUUGGGCUAGGCGACACAAGAUUGCGUUGGCUAUAGCCAGAGGGCUAGCAUAUCUUCAUACAGGUCUUGAAACACCAAUCACUCAUGGGAAUGUGCGAUCAAAAAAUGUGCUUGUGGAUGAAUUUUUUGUGGCCAGGCUCACUGAAUUUGGACUAGACAAGCUAAUGAUCCCUUCUGUUGCUGAUGAAAUGGUGGCACUUGCUAAAACUGAUGGUUACAAGGCACCGGAACUCCAAAAAAUGAAGAAAUGCAAUUCUAGGACAGAUGUUUAUGCGUUUGGGAUACUAUUAUUGGAGAUUUUGUUGGGGAAGAGGCCUGGGAAAAAUGGGAGAAAUGGUGAAUUUGUUGAUUUACCCUCGCUCGUGAAAGUGGCAGUCUUGGAGGAAACAACAAUGGAGGUUUUUGAUGUGGAGGUUUUGAAGGGAAUAAGGAGUCCCAUGGAAGAUGGGCUAGUUCAGGCAUUGAAACUUGCAAUGGGCUGCUGUGCACCGGUGGCUUCGGUUAGACCUACGAUGGAUGAAGUUGUGAAGCAGCUAGAGGAGAACAGACCAAGAAACAGGUCUGCAUUGUACAGUCCUACUGAAACUAGAAGUGAAAUUGAUACCCCCUUUUGAGCUUUGCUUUCUACAUUUUCAUGGUGUUAUUUUAUCUUAUUUUCUAGUUGUUUCUCCUAAAGGAGGGACAUGGGGUGUAAGAUAUAGCGUUUCCUUUUAUUUUAUUUUAUUUUAUUUUAUUUUUUUUCUUGCAAGGGAGAUUGUAUUUCGAAGGAUGCAAAAUUAUUCAGAAGCUAUUUUAGUUCUUGACAUUUGUAACUUGAAAGCAGCUUAUUUGAUUGUUAGAGACGUGCAUAAGAAACUGUCUAUCUGAGCAAAACAUUAUUGUAAUUCACACAUGGAUCGUUUCUUAUACAAGUGAUAUAUUUCAUGCC